AUGGAGAAACUUGAUUCAUCGCCCGACCACCUGCCGAGGGAAUGGCUUUAAUCUACGAGACGUUUCCCCUGUUGUGCUUCCGGGUUCCGGAUACUGACAGCUAGGACUCCGUCUUCCGUACGCUACCUCUGAACACUUUAUCGGUGGUGUGGGCCAUACGUUACGCCAUGGACUGGACGGUUAUAGCACGGGAUGCUGGAGGGACGCCUCCAAUGACCGUUACGGUCCGCAUCAUUGUGCUCAUCCUGGCGAUUCCGACUACGCUGGUCUGCGGUCUCCGGCUUUAUAUGCGGAAGUUCGUCUUGCGAUCAUGGGGUCUAGACGAUUGGAUGGUGAUGGUUGCGCUCAUCAUGGUGAACGGAUUUUCGGCUAUCGCAUAUACUAUCACCUACUACGGCCUCGGGGUUAGAACGAAGAAUGUUCCGGCAGCAGAUAUAUUGGUUUGGUGGAAGAUCUACUACGCUGCUCUGUGCUGCUAUCUCCCUGUCGCUGCGGCAGUCAAGACAAGUCUCGUCCUUUUCAUCAUGCGCCUCUUUCCCACCCGCGGUAUCACCAUUGCCGGAAAAUGUAUACUGGGGUUUGUGGUAGUCUUUACAACCUCCGGCACUCUUGCUCUCGCGUUCCAGUGUCGUCCUUUCCGCGCCGGCUUCGACAAGACCAUCACCGAUGCCAAAUGCUAUUCGGUGAAUACAUCGUUUGCAAUUCUUAUGAUGCAGGGUGUUAUCAUGUUCGUGGUAGAUGUGAUCAUUCUUGCGCUUCCAAUCCGUCGCGUGUGGCAGCUUCAAAUGCCACGUGCACGACGAGUGAUGAUUCUGGGGCUGUUUUGCAUAGGAUUUACCGCGUGUAUCGCCGCACUCGUCCGAUUUAGCACCCUAACCUAUGCCACAGAUGAAACAGAUUAUACCUACGCGGCUGCCAAUUCCCUCAUUUGGAUGGAAGUUGAAUUCAACCUUGGGCUUAUGUCUGGUUCUCUUUCAUCCCUCCGCAAGCUCGUCCGGCUCCGGCCCUCGCAGUGGUCACGAAAUACCUCCUCCUUCACCGGCAGUCGCUCGACCAACCUCGAGCUCGGAUUUCAUAAAGGCUGGGGGAAGGGGAUAACCAAACAAACGGAGAUCAACAGGAUUUUCGAGACGGCAGAUAGCAGCCAAGAGCUUAUCGCCCCGAUCUACGGCCAAGGGGAAUUGCCCACCACCACCAAAGCUUUUCCCGCCGCAACGACUCAGAGCUCCUAGACCGGUCUACACCGAAUUUCUUAUUUCCUUUCUAGAAAUAUAUUAUUCUCAAUUCUGUCAUACACAAUAAGGUUCUUCACCCCGAUGCGCCGCCGGAUACCUGCAGAACGUUGCGACCAACGGCUCAUCGACUUGUCAAAAUGAGGGCUGCUCCACCCUUGCCCCGAC